AUGGCUAUUACUAAACCCACCACUUUGCCCUGCAGGUAUUGGUCUAACCAUGGCACGAGCCCUCGCAUUCAACGGCGCACGGAAAGUGUACAUCUUGGGCCGCCGACUGGAAGUGCUUCAAACGGCAGCCAAGGAGCACCCCAGUCUAAUCCCACACCAGUGCAACGUGACAUCGAAAGAAAUCUCCAAUCUGCCGUAGACCGCAUUACGACCGAGGUAGGAUACGUGAACCUCGUCAUCGCCAACUCUGGCAGUAUCGGACCUCCAGCAUGCUACAACCCAGCCGCUUCUCUUUCAGAGCCGCGCCAGACCCUAUUCACCAAUUUCUCCAUGGAUGAAAUGAACUACACCCUACAUCUCAACAUCACAGCCGCUUUCUUCACCAUGACCGCAUUCCUCGGGUUGCUCGACGCUGGCACCAGAAACGCGCUGCAAGGCGUUUUCGGAAAGCCCGUCAGAGAGGGCAGUGAUGUCCCGUCGACCCAGAGCCAGGUCAGUUUCACUACCAGUAUCUCGGCCUUCAGUCAACAUUAUUCGUCCUUGCCCCCGUACUUAGCCAGCAAGGUUGCUAUCAUGCAGGUGGCUAAACAGGCUAGCACUCAAUUGACGAGGUCUGGUAUUCGUGUGAAUGUUAUCGCUCCGGGAAGCAUUUUUACAGUCUAUCCUUCUAAUCUGGCUUCCGUGCUUACUCAAGACCGCAACCCUGAAGAAGAAACUUUUCGACAACCAGAGGUUUAUCCCCGCUAG